UGAACCUCACCGCAGGGCACUAGUGUGUCUCUGUGUGUGUGUGUGUGUGUGUGUGUAAGUGGGCAUCAUGACGACAUGCUGAGGAUGGUGGGCUCACAUUGACUCCACAUGCUGCAGUGGCGGAAGCAACCAUGUCGCACUUCAUCCUGCCAGUUCAUCUGCAGGUCCUGCUGGCUGCGUUCCUGGCCAUCUUCUGCUACUGUGUGGUGCUCGUCUUCAUCUUCUGCUGCCGGCCAAAGAAGGGUGUGCCCUCAGAUGACAAGGAGGUGGGCAUCUCGUGCCCUCACCCCAGCGAGCGUGUGACCAUGACGUUGACACCAGCGCUGUGCACACGGUCCGUCCGGCAACAGUACGAAGAACUGGAUGGUGACGUACUGGACUUCAAGUCCUCUAAAAGCAGCUCAUCCCCAUUAGAGGAAGACCUCAGCAAUGUCGCAUUCGAUUCUAGGUCCUUGUCUCCACUUCGCUGCCUUAGUACACCGCUUGUUCCUUUGGCGUCCCGUAAGAAUUCGAGCCACAGCCGUGUGUCCUUGCCCUCACUUACUAAGCUGGUCCCUAAAUCACACUGGGCAAAAGGCCGGCGAAGCACCGUGAGUGGGGAAAGUUUUAGCCGCCAGGCUGCGCUCUUUCCGUCGCAGUAUGGCUCCAUCACAUCCUCUGUCCCCGCCAAGCCAGCCCCCUUGCUGCACUUCUCCCUGCUCUACUCCUCAAGUGGCACCCUGGUGGUCAACAUCCUGGGGGUGUCUGGGAGAAGGCGCAGUAAUAGGAUUAUGGUGCGAGCCAGCCUGCCUCCGCUGUGCCCGAUACCACACCAGGUGGCCUCCCGACGCCGCAGUUUCAGCCCGGAGCUACAGAGCCAGAGUGUGGUGCUUCAAGUGGGCUCUGUGGAGAGGCUACGGGCAUGCACACUGAGACUGGAGGUCUAUGACCGCGGCUUCUCUGGCCUGCGGGAGCUGGGACUGGGUGUGGUGGAGCUUCCCUGCCAGCACCUGGACUGGGAGUCAGACACGACAGCAACCUGCACCAGGCAACUAAGCCCCACCAAGAGCAAACUCAAGAAGAGUGUGAGCUCUCAGGACACAUGGUCGCGCAGGAAGAGCUCUAUGUGUGCCCCGCGAUUGUUGGGCCAGCUCUUUGUGCUGCUCCAAUACCAGGCGCCGGGGCGUCGCAUCAAGGUGAUGGUGUGUAAAGCCGACCAGCUGGCCAAUCUCACGCGCAUCCCCGGAGCUCCAGACCACUACGUCGUAAUCAACUUGCAUCACGAUGGAAACGUGAUCAGUACCAAGGCGACCAAAGGAGCCGGCGGUUCGAGUCCUGUUUGGAACGUUCCUUUCUUAUUCGACUUGCCGCCCGGGGACGUCGCUCAGCUACCGUUGCUCCUCGAGUUCAUUGUCAUGCAGGGUCGUCUCUAUACCAAGAGCAGCAUUUUGGGCCGCGUGCUGAUUGGUGGCCAUGUUUCGGAGGCGGGGCUAGGACACUGGAAGGAAAUGUGCACCCGGGGCCCAGUGGAGACUGCCCGUUGGCACGCCAUCCAAGCAGAUGUGCAGUACGAGUGAUUGACAAAGAAUUUGAAUGCUUUGUUUUCGUUGUGUUUAUUUCAUUGUAAAGUGUCCCUGUAUACUAUUGUCUACUACAAAUCAUUCAAAAACAAAAAGCAAUAGGCCUAUACUAGCAUUACACCCAGAAGCAUGUAAUUAUCCUUUUUAGCUUACCUGGCUAAUGUUGUUGUUUUUGUGUUUGUAAUUUUUAUUUUUUGAGAUUGUAUUGUUUCUUUCAUACACGCACAUCUUACAUUCUGUAUGGCACUAUUAGUGAUUUUAGGGUGUUUUACAGUUGGGGGGUAUCCAUCCAUCCAUCCAUUUUCUGAGCCGCUUCUCCUCACAAGGGUCGCGGGCGUGCUGGAGCCUAUCCCAGCUGUCAUCGGGCAGGAGGCGGGGUACACCCUGAACUGGUUGCCAGCCAAUCGCAGGGCACAUAGGAACAAACAACCAUUCGCACUCACAGUCAUGCCUACGGGCAAUUUAGAGUCUCCAAUUCAUGCAUGUUUUUGGGAUGUGGGAGGAAACCGGAGUACCCGGAGAAAACCCACGCAGGCACGGGGAGAACAUGCAAACUCCACACGGGAUUGAACCCGGGUCCUCAGAACUGUGAGGCUGACGCUCUAACCAGUCGGCCACCGUGCCGCAGUUGGGGGUAUAUUAUUGUUGGUUUUUUUCCCCACAAGAUGUAAUUAUGCAAAGAAUGUAAGAUAAGAAAUGCAUUUCAAAAUAAUAAAACUGCAAUGCUAAGUUGCUACACUAUGAUGCUAAAGGCUGGUUGCAAGUUGAUUAGCUUUCAGAACAAAUAGCUGGUGCUUAUGAGAUACUUUUAGCAUUAUUAGAUUGGUAUAUGUAGCAGUGAGGUAUUUUUGGAGGCGUAUUUUCACACCAAACAAGCCAUCUUUUGCGAGUUGUUGCUAAAAUAGAGGUUUCUUCAUUACAACACAGAAAAAGCAAAACUGAAAAAUUAAAAGAAAUUAAAAAAUGAAAUAAAGUUAAAAAUACAUUUUAACAAGUAUGAAUAAAAUUCAAAUUUACAAUAUAUUUACAUUUUUGUAUUUAUACUGUAACAUGUACUUUAAAUAUAAUUCACCCAGAAAAAAAACAAAAUUGAGCCUUAAUCCAAUGAAAAGUUUUCUAUGAUAUUUUUCCAAAACAAAAAAAAACAAUAUUUCACAAAUUCUGCCAGGCUAUGUAAACUUAUGAACACAACUGUACAUAGAUGCACUCAUACGUACCCGUCAUAAUGGAAUGAAAGUGUAUGCUACACUUUUUUUUAUAACCACUAGGUGGCGUUGGCAUUUUGGAAUGAAAGUGUACAGCUUUUUCAUAACCACUAGAUGGCGGGAUACAUUUAUAAACUGUGAAAGUUUUUGCCAUUUGCCCCUAUACCUAUGUAUAAUGCGCACUAUUGACUUUUGACAAUUUCUUGGGGAAAAAUGCACAUUAUACACGAAAAAUUACGGUAAGUCAUUUUUGGCCUCAAAAUGUGUUACUUUUACCCUACAAUAUGCCAAUGUUUCCUCAAAAUCUGUCAUUUUUGUACUACACAAGCGCAUUAUCUAAUUAUCUACAUUUUUCUACAGAACUGAAAAUGAACAUGUCUCCUUCUGUCCAAAUUAUUUUCGUCAUCCCCAUAUUAUUUCUGUCAUGUUUUGAUUUCAAAUUGUUCACUGUAUUUAAAAAUAGAAUACAGCUGUGAUGUAAUCUAUGGUCUUGGGCAGUAUGAUGUCAUAUAACACAUCAGCCAGCACGUGAAGUAGUGACAUUUUCGUGUGUUGUAUAAUAUGCCAUGUUAAUUAAAACCAGCAUAAUGCACUUCAUUAGUUUGUACAAUCAUCUCGUCUGUUGUCAUCACACAGAAAGACUUAAAGGGAAUACUUGCGAGAUUUGUUUUUAGCAAAUUGGUGUCAAUAAAUUUUAUGGAAGCCGUACGGAAGAUGAAUGAAUGAAUGAUAUCAUCACUCAAAUGGUCAGCGCUAAAAAAAAAAAAAACAAACAAAAAGAGCCAUCAUAGAUAAUUUUACACAUGAGACUAUGUGAGUCGCGGGAUGCACAUGUCAUGGAAACAAUCAGUCCCAGCCCUGGAAUAAUGAGCCCCUGCAAUUUAUCAUCACGGAAUACAGAUACAGUAAUCCACCGCUAUAUCACGGUUCUUGCUUCACGGUCCUGCUAUAUUGCAGAUUUUUAUUUCAGUUGUUACUCUUUAAUCUUUUAUACUGUUUGUACAAUAUUUUUGUGUUAUCCAUUGCUCUUGCUCUCUCUCAACAUAUUGUGUUUAGGACUGCCACAAUUGCAAUUUCUUUAGAAUAUAUUUUCCCAAAAACAAGAUAAAC